AUGGCAUAUGAUGAUUAUUACCGUCCGAAAAGAAACCAAAGCCAUUAUGAUGAACCUCAAGACCACUAUCAAAAUCAACAUGAAGGAGACUAUGAGGAAUACAUAUCCCAAGAAGGAUAUCAUCAUGCUCCACCACAAAAUCUCUAUUCACAAAAUGUCUACCCUCAUAACUCUUACUCCGAACAAAUUCACUACUCACAAUCCCCUCAAAAUGAGAAAUAUGUCCCAUACACUCGAGAUGAACACUACCCUUCAUACACUCAAAAUCCCCAAUACCCCUCAUAUUUUCAAGAUCAUCAAGACUAUCCACACUACUCCAACCACUAUGAGAAUGAGGAGUACAUGAUGCAACCAUAUGAGGAAGAAAUCACGGAAGACACGAAGAACAAGAUAUUGGCAAUAAUGGAAGAAUUUAAGCAAGACAUGGCCAAUAUGAGGGAAGAGUGGAGGCAAGAACGUAGACAAAGAAUCUCCUCCCUAGGGCAAGAAACGCAAGCAUCAAUUCGAAACUUGGAAGAUCAAAUGGCUCAAGUGGCCAAAUAUGAUUAUGAUGUUCUUGAGUCUUUUACUUUUGAUGAUGAAUCUUUGUCAAAUGAGCUUACUAAUGAUUUGCAUGAGAUAUGUGGUGAUGAUGAUGUCAAUAUUGAGGCUAGCUUGUGUGAUUUAAAUGAUAUUGAAUGUGUGACUUUCCAUGAUAAUUGCUUUGAUGAUGCUUUAUAUAUUCAUGAUUUGAUCGGUAAAGAUCGGAGUGAAGGGGUUAAAAAUGAGAAUGUAAAAGAAGAGGUUGAAGAAAAGGAAGAGAUAAGAAAUGAGAGUGUUAGGGAGGAAGUUGAGGAGAAAUGUGGAAACCCGGGGUUGUUUGGUAUUAUAGUGUAUGAUGUUAAAAUUCUUUCAUAA